UAGGAGCGGUCAGAUCCUUGGUUGGCUAGGAUUCGCUAAACUCUUAUUGGAAUGUCGAGAUCAAAAGAAGAAAUCGCCAUGUUUGCCGUGGCUGCUGUUGGUGUUUCUGCUGUAGCAGGAUAUGGCGUUUAUAGGUAUAUCUGCAGUCGCAACGAGCGGCUUAGGGUCAAGAAAGCAACGGAUGAAAUGGUAAAGGCCCUUGACAAGACAAAUGUUUACUUGCGUGACUCAAUUGGUGUGAGAGAAAAACUGCAAAGAAUGUAUGAAGCAGGGACUGAAAAGUUACAGAUUGUUUCAGAUUUUGAUAAAACACUCACAAAAUUCAAAGUAAAUGGACUACAAGGCUGUACAGUUCAUGGUGUGCUGGAGACAUCAAAACAUUUCCCUGAGUCAUACAGAGAAAAGGCUUUGGAACUCAAAGAUAAAUACCACCCCAUCGAACUAAGUGACAUGUCAUCUGAAGAAAAAGGCCCACUUAUGGAAGAAUGGUGGAGCAAAGCACAUGAUUUAAUCAAGGAACUCAACCUUCGCAAGGAAAAUCUGCCAGUUAUCGUCAAAGAGGCAAAUAUUGCCUUAAGGGAUGGUGUUGAUUGGCUCUUUGUUAAGUCACACGAGAAGAGUGUGCCAAUUCUUAUUUUGUCUGGUGGCCUUGGAGAUAUCAUCAAGGUGGUGAUAGACCAAGGGAGUGAAUUGUAUGACAAUAUUGAAAUUAGUGCCAACUUCAUGAAAUAUAAUGACCAGGGUGUUAUGGUUGGAUUUGAAGGAAAGCUCAUCUCAUCCAAUAACAAGGAAGAAAGGACAAAAGAUCUGGCAUUUUUCAAAAAAAUGAAGAGCCGUACCAAUGUUAUUGUGAUGGGGGAUUUAAUCCAAGAUACCGAUGUUGUCAAAAGCAUUCAAAAUCCUGAAAAUGUUCUCACAAUUGGAUUUCUAAAUGAAAAGGUUGAUGAACGACUCAAGGAUUAUGAAAAUGCAUUUGAUAUUGUGAUUGUUGAUGACCACAGCAUUGAAACCGUUGACCUUCUACUGAUGAAACUUUUUCACUGCUAAAUUAUAACCAGGGCUAUCUUGCUCUCUUGGUUAACGCUCUCACCCUUCUCAAAAGUAUGGUGGAUGCAAGUCUAACAUAAAAAUACAAAAGAAAUCACACUUUUUCUCAAUGGAAUUGCCCUAUUUCACUAUGACGUCACUGCUUGUUUAUGUGGGAGAUAGCUAG